AUGUCAUCGGCCGUCGACGAGGAAGCGACCAUCUCAAUCCCGAGUCUUGCCUUUGUCGCUGUGCUCGGAUAUUUCAUCUAUCGCUACUUCUUCUCAUCGCGUCCAGGCGCCGCGGAGGGCGGCUCUCAGACAUCCUCCACCGCUUCCAGAGGCGCCACUCCUGGGAUCCGUUUUACGCCUGCACAGGUUGAUCAGAUAGCCCAAGUGUUCCCGCAACUAAACCGCAGGGAUAUAAUGUGGGAUUUACAUCGUAACAGAGGCAGCGUACAGGCUACAACAGAGAGGGUGUUGACUGGGAGAGGUCUAGAUCCGGCUCCGCCUUCAUUCCAACCGCCCCCAUCGUUCAUGGCCACUACCGCUGAAUCGACUACCACGCCUACUGUAUUAACGCCGUUCAAGAAACCUCCACCACCAGAUUUGAUCACGCGGUACAAUUUACAGGCCAAAGUAAACUCAAAGGGGAAGGAAAGAGAGGAAGAGUCACCGCCACCAGGAUGGACCAGCAAUAAAGAGGAACGGCAGAGGAUGCUUCAGAGACGGCGAGAAGAAAUGAUUCUCGCCGCUCGAAGGAAGAUGCAAGAGAAAGAUGCAGAAGACCCAAGUCCUUCUUAG